AUGUCCAACAACUUGAUGGACAGGGACCGCGAGCUCAAGUCCGCCCCUCCUGCAGCAGCUGAUAUGGACCAGCUUGACGAGUUCCGCAAGGAACUUGAGACCGCAGUGUCCCGCAAUGAGGCCCUCCUGGGUGCUCUGCGCCGCCGAGCCCAACAGCCGCCAGCCUGGUUUAUUCCAGAUGGAACGAUCCAGCUCCUCCCCGCGAGCUGCGGGAUCAGACUCGACGCCGGAAAUCGAGUCCCCGUUGGCGGUGGAAACCUAUUCCUCGAGGGUUUCUACUGGAAUCGGCCGCGGUGGCAGACACUCCCGAUGCCGACUCAUCUCGUCGGCAAAGUGAAGGCCACCUUCACUGCCGCCCAGUACCGCGACGGCAACUUGGGCAGACGGACCGAGCAGCUCGGGCGGUUUUCAGAGACCAGCAGUCAGUCGCAGGCUGCUGAGUCCACCCCAGUCAUCCUCUUGGUGGUCGACCCACCCACCCCCACCGCUGGAAGAGACGUCUUUCUCCUCCCAAAGGCCACAGCGCCUUACUACGACUUCGUCACCGACGAAGACAUCAUCAUCAACAUAGAUGAUGUCGAGAUCAACUCAGACGCGGACGACGAAGUGAAGCGUCUCGAGAUCAUGGCAACGCUUCUGGAGGAUUGGGACGCAGCACUCGACCUCCAAUUCUCAACCUUUGCGCAUCAGGCAAGAAUCUGGCGCAUGGAGCGUCGCGAGUGGGAGUUGGCGACUGUACAGAAGAUCUUUCUCGCCGGUUACCUCGACAUGCUUGCCUCCAACUUUGGCAUCUCCGACUUGGUCAAUGCCCGCCAGUUUGUCGAUAUGCAGAACGAACUGGAGCAAGUCGGAGAGGUUAAGGCGUGGGAAUACGUCUGGGAUGAGGAUUCCAGCGCAGCUGCGGUGGAGCACAAAGAAAAUGUGAAUGCCACCAUGUACAGGGUCAAGCGGAUCCUCUACCAGCUGAUCCCGGAGGACGAGCGUGGCCUCGAGCGUAACUGCAAGCUCGUGGGGGAGAUGGCGAUAUACGCCCAGUCUGUGGAGGAGUCGAUGGAGGACGAGGAUUGA